ACUGCUACCGCACUCUUAAAACAAUUAUUUUAGGUUAGAAAUCUACAGUUUUUGUAUUUUUUACAUUUAAACUUAGACUUUGUUUAAUAUUUUGUUAUGGAAACACAAAAUUUGGAAACAAACCCCUACGCCUACCUAGAAAGGGAGGAGUUUUCAUCCGAACGUUUUAAAAUAUCAAUAAAAAACCUUCCGAAGUACUACGGUGUUAAUGAAAUGAAAAAGCUUCUAAAUGACAAACUCAAACUGGCGUCGAAUAAGAUUAAGUUCCCCAAAAGAAACAACCCCUUCAUUUUUGUAAGCUUUCGCAGCGAAGACGAUCGAGAGAACGGUAUUAAAACCAUUAACGGCUACAAGUGGAAAGGUAAAGUACUAUCUGCGCAUGUGGCCAUGCCCGCACCGGAUCCACUGGUUAAAAGACGAAAUGAGCAAGACGACGAAGACGCUUCGGCUAAGAAGAUCAAAGUAGACGAUCGGCCUCAAGAGGAGCGGUUGAAAUCGUCAACAGUACCGUUGUGUGAUACACCGUAUGAUGAACAACUGAGCAUAAAGCAGGAGGAAAUGAGAAAGGUUUUAGUAAAAUUAGGGCACAAUCUGGGAGAUAACAAUGUGGUACUCAAAAAGUGGGUGCAUCAACAAAAGUGCGAUAACAAUCAAGUACCUUGCGAGUUAUUGGAUAUUCGCCAUUCCAGCGUGCAGGACGGCUAUCGGAACAAAUGCGAAUUCACUGUCGGCGUGGACGAAGAAACGUCUUUACCUACUGUUGGUUUUCGCAUCAGCAGCUACGCUAAAGGCGGCACGGGUGUUGCGCCCGUUGAAAAUCUUAGGCACAUUCCCAGUGAAAUGAAAGUGGCUGUUAAAGUAUUCCAAGAUUUCGUGCGCAAUUCGAGCUUGGAAGUGUUCAACCCGGAAUUUCAAUCGGGAAACUAUAGGCAAUUGACCGUCCGUUGCGCCCCUCAGCAGCUCAUGCUCGUAGUGGGCAUACAUCCGCAAAGUUUGCCCGAAGAGAAAUUGGCAGAAUGUAAAAAUGAGCUCGUCGAUUACUUUUUCCAGGGCCCCGGUAAAUGCGCAAACGUUACUUCGUUGUAUUACCAGAAGAUUAUUAAAAAGCAGUCCAACGAUGACAUUAACCUGGCCGAGCACUUGUACGGCGAUACCCACAUCAAUGAAAGUAUUCUCGAUUUGAAAUUUCGCAUUUCUCCCGAAGCCUUUUUCCAAAUCAACACUUCGGCGGCCGAAAUUCUGUAUAAGUCCGCAAUAGAACUGGCGGAACCCAACGAAAAUACCACGGUCGUCGAUAUCUGUUGCGGUACUGGGACUAUCGGCCUUUGCUUCGCGAAACAUUGCAACCAAGUGCUUGGGAUAGAGCUCGUAGCGCAGGCCGUAGCCGACGCUAAAGAAAAUGCGAAAAGCAACGGUAUCGACAAUUGUGAAUUUUUUUGCGGUAAAGCGGAAGAUUUGCUGAAUUCCGUGCUUUACAGGGUCAAGAAUGAAGAUAUCAUAGCCGUAGUUGACCCUCCAAGAGCCGGUUUGCAUCAUAAAGCAAUUUUACAAUUGCGGAAAGCGACAAAAAUAAAGAAAUUAGUGUACAUCUCCUGCAAUGCAAACGCCGCCAUGAAGAAUUUCGUGGAUUUGGGUAGGAGGCCGUCGAAAACCAUAGACGGAGAUCCGUUUGUACCUGUCAAGGCUGUGGCCGUUGAUCUAUUUCCGCACACCAAACAUUGCGAAUUGGUUAUACUUUUCGAGCGAUGGGAUUUGGACAAAUUGAAAAUCGGUACAAGUGUUGACACUCAACAUUUAAGUAAAACAGCUUCAGAUAAGGAUGAAUAAGUGUCUUUGUUCAUAUUGCUUUGUUAAUUUGAUGAAAUGAUUUUUAUUAAGUA